AUGACGUUUGCCGAAGACAAAACUUAUCAUUAUAUCCGCCACCAUCACAGCAAUUUUUGCAAUAUUCAUGUUCUGGAUAUUCUGCCUUACCUGUCCUGCCUCACAACAAGUGACCAGGACCGGAUUCGGGCCUGCUAUGAGCGCUGGGGGAACCAGGGUACCCUCUGGGAACUCUUCAACAGUCUUCGGCGGAGGAACGGCUGGGUGCAGUCCUUCAUCGAGGCACUGAGGGCCUGUGAGCACACUGGUCUCGCUGAUGAAGUGUCCCGUGUCUACCAGAGCAACCUGCCACGGGAUCCAAACCACCCUCCAGUCCCACUGGAGCCACCAUCAGUUCCUGCUGAGACUCCAAGGCCCUCCACACCUGGUGUGGCCCCCAGCAUCCCUGGCAACGCCUAUGCGGAGUACGAGCCAAGUUACCCUCUGCCUGUCCAGGAUAGCCAGCCACCAGAGCCCCUGGGAGAGAAUUCAGAGAAAGCCCCACAACCUUCCCAUUCUGGGGCUGUCCUGGAGCCCUUGUCUGACACGGUGGCCCUCAGCACUCUGACCUCCAGUGUACAUCAGGAGCGGGACACAGGACUGGGCAGUACCCACACAGCAGGCGUGGUCUCCAGUUCCACGUCACUCCAUGGGCCUGUGUCUCCAACUGUCUCCCGUCCUACCCCCAGGGCAAGCCGCUUGCCUGGACCCUCAGUGUCAGCUCCAUCUGUCAGCACCUCCUCCUCCUCCAUUGGCUUGACCUCUGCAGGAGGUGCUGGUGACCAGGCUGAAGGUACCAUCUGCUCCAGUGGGGCAGGGGUGCCCAACAACCCUAUGACUGCCAGCACAGUACCCUCCAAGGUGCCCACCAACUCAGCAUUUGGCAGCUCAGUGCCUUCCAAAUUGCCCACUAGCUUGAAGUCCCCUGGUGCAGUGCCUACCAGUCUAGCACCAUCCAGAUUGCCCAUCAACUCAGUGCGUUCUGGCAUGGUGCCACCCAAAGUGCCUACUAGUGGGAUACCUGACCACAGGAUACCGGCAAGCACAGUGCCCAGUAAGGUGCCUGCCAACACAAGGCUCAGCACCAGGAGCAGCAAUAGACUCGUGAAGGAGACUCCAGCAUCACCAGUGCCCACAGGCACUGCCACUGGAGGCACAUCACUUUGUCCAGACAGCAGCUCUGACUGCUGGGGCUCAGAGCUGGAGCUGAGCAAGCCUGGCAGGCUGGUAUCUAGGAUGGACAGCCAGCCGUUCUCAGGCUGCUCCGCGGACCUCGCCAUCAGCCACAGUAACUCCCUGGGCAUGGGGCCUGACAAUGCCCCGGAGGAGAACGAGUAUGUGUCGGAAGACCCCAUUAGGAUCCAUGAGAACCCCAGCACCUCCAUCCUGGGGGACAGCCCCGGGACACACAGUACCCUGGAAUUCCAGGCAGAGGAUAAGUUGGAGGAAGUGCCUGUGGUCAGGACCAUGCUCUGGGCUCCGUGGCUUGGGGUGGCCAUGGCCGGGGCACUUCUAGCGCUCCUGGCUUCACUGUACCGGCGGCGCCUACCCCAGUGA